UUGGAAGAAUGGUGUUUAAAAAAUAUCAAAAGAAAAAAAGCGGAGGGGAAAGAAAGCAGCAGUUACGCUCCUGGUCAUGACGCGGUCAGUGAUGCCGUAGCCAAGGCGACCACAGCAGCAGACAACCGACACUCCAACCAUCAGACAACAAAUAUACAAAUUUUGUCGGAGUGUAUUACUCCAAUUUUUUCUCCUCUUUGGUGCCUUCACCGUCUGUGCAGUUCUGUGGAGCGACAGGUACGGUUUUCCUUCCUCGCAAAAAAACCAUCUCGAGCACGCAAUAGGAUACGUUCGGUCGCGCAAGUGCGUCCGGGCGUUGUGGUUGAAAGUUCACGCCAUUCAUGAAGACAGAUUCAUCUCUUCAGAAGCAGGGAGGUUGUGGUGGUGGUGAUACGGUGGGUGCAGAGGGAAGUCUAGCAUCAAUUGCCAUGACUACGACAGGAGCCCAGUAUGCCCUCACAGCAUCCACCGGAGCUAACGGCAGUGGGGGUAAUUCUACUACAGUAGGGGUGGAGCCUAAACCAAGCGUUGUUGUCGUGACUACUUCCAGUUCUAGUGGUGGUGCUAAUGUAGCUCAAACUCAAUCUACCAGAGGCCAACAGCUUAUCACUGUAGUUACUAGUCCUGAUCCUUCAAGUCCAAGUAAUUUACAGCCAAUUCAGUUGUUGGUUCAGGAUCAACUUGAAACAGCUGCAGAUUCUUCCAAUGGCUCAACAGGUACCCCAGCACAUGUUACAGCACAAGUAGUGGUCAAUACUACUCACUCUGGUCAGCAUACAUUUGUUGAUAGUGACGCUGCAUCCACAUCUGCUGGCACUAUUGUUAGUGGUUCUCCUCAUUAUAUAACAGUUACAGACACCAGUGAUUCACCAUCCUACGCAUCCCUCACAACGACAGUAGUAUCUGGGGAAGCAGAAGCAGUGGGGUCCGAAUCAGUGUCCCAUCCAACCUAUGUUCAAUAUGUUGAAGGGGAUGGUUCUACGUAUAUACCGGCGAAUAGUCAGAUGACAUAUCCAGUAUAUGCCGUAGGAGAGGCUGGUGCAAUGUAUACACCUGCCUCAAGUCAAUAUUAUACUCCAGCCUCAACACCAGUAACAUAUGCACAGGUUACAGCACAAGGAUCAAAUACUACUACUGGACAGUUAUUAUCUCAGGGCAAUGGCACUUACUUAAUCCAGCAAAGUGUUGUAGAUGGUGAUCCAACAACACAUACACUCAUAUCUGCUGCAGCUGCUGCUGCUCGAGCUAGUCCACAAACUGAAAAUGCGGAGGCUGUGGUUAGCGGGGGUGGCGGGGCAUACUUGAUCACUGGUAAUUCAGGAAGUGCUGCUGUUACCGUGGAAGAAGCAGCAGCUGCAGCAGCAAAUAUGACGCAUGCCACUAGGGUCUCUCAAGCCACAGUACAUUGGUUAUUGGAGAAUUAUGAAACUGCAGAUGGUGUCUCUCUUCCAAGAUCUACACUUUAUAAUCAUUAUUUACGCCAUUGUUCUGAAAACAAACUAGAUCCAGUAAAUGCUGCAAGUUUUGGAAAACUGAUAAGAUCCGUGUUCUUGGGCUUAAGAACAAGACGGUUAGGUACACGAGGGAACUCUAAAUAUCACUACUACGGAAUUCGUGUUAAACCUAGCUCCCCUUUGGUCAUGCUGAAUGAAGAUGGUACAUCACGUCAACAACAAACUACAAAUUCCCAAACUAAACGAUUUAAAUUUGUUAAUCAGAAGCCAGAUCAAGCAUAUGAAAGCAAUACACAUUCAAAUACAAAUAUUUCUUCUAAUACCUCUCCGCCACAAUAUCAUCAGUAUCUUGGCGAAGCAAGUGGUGCAAUACCUGAAUUUCCAGAAAUACUUGUUGGACAUGGUUCCUCUUUACCUGAAGACUGUACAUUGGAAGAUAUAGAUACUUUUCGUAGUAUAUACAGAGAACAUUGUGAGGCAUUUUUAGAUGCUGUUUUAAAUUUUGAAUUUGCAACUGUUGAAAGUCUUUGGAGAGAAUUUUGGCGUAGUCAGGAUAAUAAUAAUGGUGAUGAGUGUGAAGAAGAAAAAUAUUUAUCAAAGACCAAAUUAUAUCAAAUGUGUAAAUGCUCUGAAGUUCAAGAUUUUAUCAGAAAAGUAGAUUAUACAUUUUAUCAAAACUUAGUGGAAGUAUUAAUGCCAAAUGUACUAAGACCAAUACCAAGUUCACUAACGCAAUCUAUUCGAAAUUUUGCAAAAGGAUUAGAAUCAUGGUUAAUUUCUGCCAUGGCUGAUUGCCCUGAAGAAAUGACCCAAAUUAAGUUAACAGCUGUCUCUGCCUUUGCUCAAACAUUAAGGCGAUAUACAUCAUUGAACCAUCUUGCUCAAGCUGCACGAGCAGUACUCCAAAAUUCUAGUCAAAUAAAUCAAAUGUUGGCUGAUCUUAAUCGAGUUGAUUUCCAUAAUGUACAGGAACAGGCAUCUUGGGUAUGUCAAUGUGAUUAUGGUAUGGUGCAACGUUUGGAGGCAGAUUUUAAAGUGACACUACAGCAACAAAACUCAUUAGAAGAUUGGGCAAUUUGGCUAAAAAGUGUUGUAACGCAAGUACUCAAACCUUUUGAAGAAAAACCUACUUUUGCUAAAGCUGCGCGCCAGUUUUUACUCAAAUGGUCUUUCUAUAGCUCAAUGGUUAUUCGUGAUCUCACUCUUAGAAGUGCUGCCAGCUUUGGUUCUUUUCAUCUUAUUAGAUUGUUAUAUGAUGAAUAUAUGUUUUAUUUAAUCGAGCAUCAAGUUGCUAUAGCUACUGGAACAACACCUAUUGCAGUAAUGGGAGAUAAAAGUCAAAAUUGUCCAAUAAUUAAUAAUUUUGGAGCAACAUCUAAUGGAGAUACAUCUAAUACAAGUCAACCUAAACGUAUUAAGUUGAGCUAACUGCGUGCCUACGCUUUUAAGUUCGUGAGUAAAAAGAUAGAAGAUAAAAAGAGAUUAUAUCUAAGAUCAUGGCGUACAAUUUUAGUUAGAAUAGGCGUCAUAAUCUUAUAAUCUCAUAAAAGAUAAAGAUUUUGAAGUAUUUAGCACGAAAGCAUGCAGGCCUAUUAAGACACACUAGUCCCGCGAAUUAUUUUAUAUAAGAAUAAAUCAUAAUUUAACAGAAUGUCAGACAACUAAGAUUUUUGCAUAAUAUUCAUAUUGUAUACAAUUCAAGUAAAUUUAUUAACAAUAAGUGAUAUAGGAAUACAUAAUGUAAAGAAAUGAGAAACAAAUCUUGUCUUAUAUGAUUAUAAUGACAAGUUUAACUUAUUAUUAAAAGAAAAUGUUUAGUUUGUUAAUUUACAUAAUCUAGUCGAAACACUAAAUGAAUGGGACCAUGAAUUUAUCAUGUCCUUUUAGCAUAUGCAAAACUUGUUCGAUCCAGUUUUCCUUAAAAAAUAUAAAUAUGCAAUACUUGAAGUAAAAAAAUAGCUUAUGAUAGAAAAAGCUAUAUAUGUUGAAUAUUUGAAAGCAAAGAAUAAAUCUGGCUUAUGAAUAAUAUAUCAGAUUUUAUAAAAAUGAGUAAUUUUUGAAUAACUGACAUGAUCUCAUAUUGAAAGAUCUUUAAUCAUUAAAUGUGUGAUCGCGCUCUUCGCAUUUUUAGUAUAACAACAGAGAGAGUGUGAUCGUGUUCGUCACAUUCAAACGGUUAGUUAAAACAAAUAGCUUUUUAUUUGCUUUCAUUCAAAGAAAACUGAAUCAAUCAAGUUCAAUUGGAUAAAUUUCAAGCUAUAAAAGGAAAGUGCAUGAAAAUAAAAAAUGGUGAAAAAGUAGAUUGUUACAUGGAUAAAGUCCAUUGUGCACAAUUUUUUGAAUAAUCUUCUAUGAUUCACGAAAUCCGCCCUGUCGAUGGUGUUGUCAAAAUAUUCCUACAGGAAGAGAAGUAAAUUAGAUAAUUAAGAUAGUAUAAACAUACAUACAUGUUUUAGAUAUGUCCUAAUAUGCAUAUUUUUUAAUGCGAUUUAUUAAUUGUACAUCGAGCAUCACGAUUUUGUUGAAAGAUAUCUAUUAAAACCCAUUCACAUUCUCUUGGUAUAUUUAAACGAAUAGUACAAAAUGCUGAUAAAUGUAGAUGAAACAGAGCAACGCGAUCGUUUUAAUUUACUGAAAGAAUAGAAUGUGGUAUCAAACUGUGUGUAUACGCGUGUGAUACACACACACACACAUUUAUAUAUAGAUUUGGAUCCUAUCCAAUAUAUAUAUAUAUAUAUAUAUAUAUAUAUAUAUAUAUAUAUCACUAACUUGGCUUGUAAGAAAGUACAUGUCUGUUGAACUUUGGAUAACUACAAAAUGUAAUGAAUAGACACUGUUAGUGUCUUCAAACAUUCUAUGCAUUUAAAUUAUUUGAAAUUAUAAUUAAGAUAAAUGUCAGUAAAUAUAUGUUUUGUAUUUGUCGACACACAAGUGUCUUUUUGCUGUAUGAUAGAAUAAUAGGUAUAAGUGAGUAUUUUGAAAUUGAUGUUAUAUUUUGCUUGUUUACGUAUUAUUUUGAAGAGAUAAAUUAAGAUAAAUGAACAAUUCCAAAUAUUUUAUGUAUGUAGUAUGAUUUUUAUUUUCAUCAAAUAAGAAGUAUACAUACUGCUUUCAUAUACUGCUUUUCAAGAUUGUAUUUGUUAUUAUAAAUGACGUAUUGACUUAGCAUACACAUACAAGAGGGUAUAUAAGUACAAAAAUAAUGCUUACUAUUUAUUAAGUAGUCAACAUUAUUAUUCGUAAAGUGCUUGAAAAUUUUAAAUAUGAUUGUUUUUUAAAUCAAUCGAUCUUUGUUUUUAUACAGCUUUGCAUUAAUGACAUUUUAUCCUUUUUUAAUUAAAUUUAAUUCUAUUCCAAUUAAUAUAAUAUAACAAGAAAUUAUACAAUUUCUUCAGUACUGUAUCAAUUUUUCUUUAAAAAUUUCGAAACUCCAUAUAUCUUAAUUUAAUCAGCAAUAUUGCUUUAAUUUGCAAUAAAUUUUUGCAUAUAUAUCUUUUCCAAAUUAUUUCAUGAGCAUCGAAAAUUAUAUAAAAGAAAAAAUAAUCAGUAUAUAAUAUAUAAAUAUAAUCGGUACUAUUCAAUAUUAUAACAAAAGUUAAAAAGCUAUUAUUUUAAUAAUUUGUUUUAUUACAUUCCUUUUUCUUACAUUUUUUUCUUUGGUCUUAUACUCAAAGUUCAUAAAUAUUAAAAAAAAAUCAAGUGAAAAUUGUUGGCUGGAACAUGUUAUGUGACAACUAAUGAUGAAACUUUAUAUCCAUCCAUUUUUAGUAUUAUUCAAUAUAUAUAUAGUUGGAUGAGAUAGACAAUAAUAUUUCUAUUAAUUUAAUUAAUAAUUCUUGUGAAAUUUCCAUUAAUUGAAUUUUCUCAGUUACAUUAUUUGUAUCUCGCUUUGCAAAUUUUAGGUCAAGUUUUAAUUCUAUAAAUAAAAAAUUUCUGUUAAAAGUUUUCAAAAAUUAAUUUAUAUAAAUUACCUCAUAUUUCAUCUUUUGAAGAAAAAAGAAAAAACAAAAUAAUUGAAUUUCUGGGAUGUUUAUUUUCAGCUAAUCUAUUUUUUUUACUAUUUCACAAAUAUUAAAAAUGCUGAAAUUUUAAAAGAUAUUCUCUUACUGCAACAUUCACGAAGAACAUUACUAUACACACUAAGUGCAUUAUAAUGUAUCCUGUAUAAUAUUAUGUAUAAAAUAAUGAUGUUAAUACUUGCCAAGUUUUAUGGACAUUUUCUUAUAAGUAUUGGUAGUUACUAUUUUAUAUGUAAAGCAAAUGUUUCCACCUAUAAUCAAAUAAUAUGAUUUUAUGCAUGCCUUGUCAUGCAAUGAAUGAAUACUUAGAAAUUUCAAUUCAGUAUGAGAAGAAACAAACUUUAUUUUAAUUAACUUUCAAGCACUGUAAACACAUAAAGAUACAUACUUUUAAAAACAAACUAGAUGUUUGGCUGAACAUGGUGCCUUUAUUUUAUAAAAGAAGAAACAUAAUUAAGCAUUUUUUUACCAUAUCAUAAUUAUAUAAAUAAUUCUGCAAUUUUUAAAAACGAUUGACCAACAGAUAUAAAAAUAUUUCCUUUGAAGUUUUUUAGGUUGCAUGAUAAUUUCAUCUUUUAUUAUAACUUCAAUCAAAGAAAAGUAUUAAGCUUCUUUGUUAAUAAUUAUAAGAAAAAAAAUUGUUUCAAGAAAAGCAGAAAAUUACAUGACUACAAUGAAAUAAGAUUAUAAAUGAUUGCAGGCUUUUCAUACAAAUAUAUCUUCCAAGUUCUAAUUUAUCCUAUUUAUGUUCAUAACUAAAAGGUACUAAAUAUGGAUUUUAAUAUUAUAUUGCGAUACUUGGAUAGUAGUAUGAAUAAAAAUAAGGUAUAUCUAUUUAUUGUAUAGAAUCAAUGCAUAACUAGUCAAACUUCUUAAACAUAAGCUAUGAAACAGGGAUUGAGUAUUACAUGCAGUACAUCGAUGAUAGAUUGUGCAUAAAAUAUUUAUGCGAGUGGAAAGAACAAAUAUUUCUAUAAUUAUGAGCUUAUAAAUAUAAAACUUAUAGAUACUUAUACCAUAGAUACUUAUGUGUAACUAUUAUAAGAACUGCUUUAUCAAAAAUUUCAAUUUCCAUUAUUAUAAACAAAAAAUGUAACAUGUCUAUGGAGAUAUAAAAAAGUGCAUUAGUAGAUAUAAUCUAUUAUCUUAUUCAAAAUGGAAAGAUAUAUAUCAAUACUAUUCCAUUUCACAGUAUUCUAUUUGGAAUAUAUCAAAGUAUAAAAUACAAAUACUAACAUCAUGUGCACUAUCCUAUAUCUCCUUUAGGCAGUUUCAAUACUAAAAUAAUUUUGCAUUUUUAUGUUAGAAGUUGAAAAAUAUUAUUAAAUAUAGCUUCUUUGCGACUAAGCUAAUACAUGAUCAAAAUCAAUACUGUUUCCUCCGUUGCGAAAUAAGUAAAAUGGCCUUAAACUUUUCCAAUUUAAAACGUAAAGGAAUUUGCUACGUUGUUAAAGUGGGCUUUGAAAAGAAAGAAAAAAUUAUGGAAUAAAUUGAAAACAAGAAAAACAAUGGAACCGUUUUUCUCUUAUGACAUAUAGAAAAUAUUUUGAUACCUUCAAAGUUGCACAAAACAAGAAUCAUUCAUUACUGCUUAAAUAAGAUUAUUUUUACUGAAUGUUGCUUGAAAUGACAACUUAUUAUGUGUGAGAUAUAAAGAACUUUAAGAAUUGUGUGAAUGUGUGGAUCACAAAAAUUAAAUAAUAAAUAUAUGUUUAAAACUUA